GAAAGCGAGUGAACACAGGCCUGCAGACUUCCCUACGUGGUCACACACAUGAGACAGAAAAUGGAUAAUGAAAAAAAUGAUCCUUCCUGCAAGUCCUCAGACCUCAAAAUAUCCAACAUCUCCAUCCAGGUGGUCAGUGUCCCAGGGAAGCUACCAGGGAGAAGACCACCUCGAAAACCCAUUGGCAAACCCAGGCCCCGCAAGCAGCCCAAGAAGAGAGCUCCCUUUUGGAAUGUUCAAAAUAAGAUUAUUCUCUUCACAGCGUUUUUAUUCAUUCUGGCAGUCACAGCCUGGACACUUCUAUGGCUCUACAUCAGUAAGACUGAGAGCAAAGAUGCUUUUUAUUUUGUUGGAAUGUUCCGCAUCACCAACAUUGAGUUCCUUCCUGAGUACCGGCAGAAGGAGUCUAGGGAAUUUCUCUCCAUGGCAAAAACAGUACAGCAAGUGGUAAACCUUGUUUAUACAACAUCUGCUUUCUCCAAAUUUUAUAAGCAGUCUGUGGUUGCAGAUGUCAGCAGUAACAACAAAGGCGGUCUCCUGGUCCACUUUUGGAUUGUGUUUGUUAUGCCACAUGCCAAGGGCCACAUCUUCUGUGAGGAGUGUGUGGCGGCCAUCUUGAAGGACUCCAUCCAAACCAGUAUCAUAAACCGCACCUCUGUGGGAAGCUUGCAGGGUCUAGCUGUGGAUAUGGACUCUGUGGUAUUAAAUGCUGGGCUCCGGUCAGAUUACUCUUCAGCUGUAGGAUCUGACAACGGCUGCUCCCGGUACUUGUAUGCAGAUCAUCUGACCCUCCGCUACCCUCUGGAGAUUUCCGCAACCUCGGGACAACUAAUGUGUCACUUCAAGUUGGUGGCCAUCGUGGGUUAUCUGAUUCGUCUCUCUAUUGAGUCCAUCCAAUUGGAAGCUGACAACUGUAUCACCGACUCCCUGACUGUUUAUGACUCCCUCUUGCCAAUCCGGAGUGCCAUUCUAUACAGAAUCUGUGAACCCACAAGAACACUAAUGUCCUUCGUUUCUACAAAUAAUCUCAUGUUGGUGACACUGAAGUCUCCUUAUGUGCGAAGGCUGGCAGGGAUCCGAGCAUAUUUUGAAGUCAUUCCAGAACAAAAAUGUGAAAGCACAAUACUGGUCAAGGAAAUCAACAGCUUUGAGGGGAAAAUCUCAAGUCCGUAUUACCCAAGUUACUAUCCUCCGAAAUGCAAGUGCACCUGGACAUUUCAGACUUCCCUAUCAACUCUCGGUAUAGCCCUGAAAUUCUACAACUAUUCCAUAACUAAGAAGAGCGCGAAAGGCUGUGAGCACGGCUGGUGGGAGAUUAAUGAACACAUGUACUGCGGCUCCUACAUGGAUCAUGAGACCAUUUUCCGGGUGCCCAGCCCCCUGGUCCACAUCCAGCUCCAAUGCAGUUCCAGGCUUUCAGACAAGCCACUCUUGGUAGAAUAUGGUGGUUACAACAUCAGUCAACCUUGUCCUGCUGGAUCUUUUAGAUGCUCCUCCGGUUUGUGUGUCCCUCAGGCCCAGCGCUGUGAUGGAGUGAAUGACUGUUUCGACGAAAGUGAUGAACUUUUCUGUGUGACUGUAAAACCUGCCUGCAACAGCAGCAUCUUCCGGCAGCAUGGCCCUCUGGUCUGUGAUGGCUUCCGGGACUGCGAGGAUGGCCAGGACGAGCAAAACUGCACUAGAAGCAUCCCAUGCACCAGCAGGACCUUUAAAUGUGGCAAUGACAUUUGCUUCAGGAAGCAAAAUGCGCAAUGUGAUGGUAUAGUGGACUGUCCGGAUGGAAGUGACGAGGAAGGCUGCGGCUGUAGCAGGAGUUCUUCCUUCCUUCACCGAAUCGUUGGGGGUUCUGACUCCCAGGAGGGGACCUGGCCAUGGCAGGUCAGCCUCCACUUUGUUGGAUCAGCCUACUGUGGUGCCUCAGUCAUCUCCAGGGAGUGGCUUCUCUCUGCAGCCCAUUGUUUCCAUGGAAACAGGCUGUCUGACCCCACGCCAUGGACUGCUCACCUUGGGAUGUAUGUGCAAGGGAAUGCCAAGUUUGUCUCUCCAGUGAGAAGGAUUGUGGUCCAUGAAUACUACAACAGCCAGACUUUUGACUAUGACAUUGCCUUGCUGCAGCUCAGCAUAGCCUGGCCUGAAACCCUGAAACAGCUCAUUCAACCAAUAUGCAUUCCUCCAGCAGGCCAGAAAGUGCGCAGUGGGGAGAAGUGCUGGGUGACUGGCUGGGGGAGGAGGCAUGAAACAGAUAGUAAGGGUUCCCCGGUUUUGCAGCAAGCGGAGGUAGAGCUCAUAGAUCAAACCGUCUGUGUUUCCACCUAUGGGAUCAUCACCUCGCGGAUGCUCUGUGCAGGGGUUAUGUCUGGCAAGAGCGACGCCUGCAAAGGAGACUCAGGAGGACCUUUGUCUUGUCGAAGAAAGAGUGAUGGAAAAUGGAUUCUGACCGGCAUUGUUAGCUGGGGACAUGGAUGUGGAAGACCCAAUUUUCCUGGAGUUUACACAAGGGUGUCAAACUUUGUCCCCUGGAUUCAUAAGUAUGUCCCUUCUCUUUUGUAACUCUAACAGAUGGAUUGUUAACUGUGACUUAUAUGAGGAUAGAUCCUUGGAAAAGAAUGUAAGUAUUAUCAAUAAAAUUAAUCAUUUUU